CAUGAUCCAACCGCACCGCCCAGUGCAUUGCUCUGCAACCGAAGUUUGUAUACAAUGCGCCUCGCAACAUCACGCACAAGCGCGAGAAAAGUGAAAGUAAUUUUUGGAGCAAAACAGAGUGCACGGAUUCAUUACCAUGCUGUGCCCCGGAUGUUGGCCGUCCGGUGCGGCAACGGCACACGACAAUUGUGAUGGAAAAAUAGUCUGAUAUUAUCGUUCCCGCCGCUGCCGCUGCUGCUAUCGCUGCUUUGAAUUCGUUACGUUCUCGAAGCCCGCGGUUUCAAUGGAACAAAAAGCCAGAGCAAAACAACGGCGCAGAAUUACAUACAGGCACCACAAUGCUCGUGUAACGCACAAUAAGGAGAGUGAGAGAAUGGAGGUAGCAAGAGUGAAUUCAUGAUAUCGAUUCUUCCGGACGCAAGCGUAGUAGGACGAAAAUUCGGACGACCCACCGGUCCGACCAGUUGUAAAGUGUGCAGGAGGAAUAUUUAACAUACUAAGCUUGGUGAGCGAUAGAUUGUAGCUGUAGAAAAGUCCGAACGUACGAGGCAAUUCUGUCGCGAGCUGGCAACAACCAGUAACGUCGAAAUAGUGCGCUUCAUAGCGCUGCGGACACACACUGGGGAUUGCUCCCGAAAGCGUAGCAUUGAGGCAGAUUUUUGGAGUGGAAAAUGUGCGUGCAUCGUUGAGGCGUACACAGGAAGACGACCACGGAAGCAGCACCCCUUUUUGCAAGCGCUCGUGGAUAGAGUUGGCCAAGGGGAACUUUCCGUUGGAAUCACGAAAUUUGCUUAACGAACGAUUAAGCAUCAGUGCCGUCAGUCUUGAGUGUGCUCGUCGAAGGCAAGCAAAGGGACCUACUUAUUAUUAUUAUUGCACACUCCCCUUUCCCCGCCACUGGCGCUGGUACCCGAGUUCCACCUCUUCGACGUCUUUUCUCGCUGUGUCUCACAUUCGCGGUCGCGUUUCGCUUUCGCGUAUGUAGUGCGCGCGCGGUGUAGUGCAUCCAUUCCGCAUCUAUGCACAGCGGAGGACGUGCCAAGAGAGAUGCGAAUCAUUGUGCAUAGAUUUACUACAACAAACACACACUCAGUGUUGCCCGUGUAACGGCGAGCGGCUGCAGCGGCGAAGAACCAGUGAUUGAAAUAGUCAUCCAAUCCUGAAAGGAACGACAAAUGUAUCAACUGUCUCUCAACUCUGGCUAAGCCAAUUGUGACGAGACGAUGCACCGCAUAAGUAUUAUCAGCGAAAAAUGCCAUUAAGAUUGGCUUCAGCUACCACAGUACCGAGUCGCAUAAAACCGGACAAGAGCAACAACAAUAGGCCGCUAAACUGCAACAUUAUUGGAUGAAAUCCUUGUGGCAAUCGAUGCAUUCGAUUGUUCUGCAUUCGACACAGCUGAACCAUACCACGCUAACGCUAUGAGACGAAAUGUGAAGGUGUUUGGUAUUAUUUCCAUAACCUGGAUCGUGGUGGUCAUCUACUACUUUCAAGGUGACUACUACCAUAAUGACGGGAAUCGCGCACUGCGGUUGCGCAGCAGCAGCAAGGUAAAGCAGCACUCCGUCUCAGACCAGUACAUUGGAGGCGGUGGUGGCGCCGCACGCGAGGCUCUGACGCACCGCGACAAUGAACACCAGAGUUCGCUAAAGAAUGCAGAGGAUAGUAAUUCCGCGUUCGUCGGCAGUAGUAGUAGCAGUACCAGCAGUAGCAACGGUCACAACCUGCACAGUAGCAAUAGCAAUAGCAAUAGUAUAUUUAGUUACAAUUCGCCACCCAUGACAUGGGACUAUUUCGAUGAGGCCAGCUACAUUCAGAAGGGCGGUCUGCAGCGCGGAGAAGAUCCGUACCUAAGGAAUCGCUUCAAUCAGCAGGCGAGCGAUGGUUUGAAGAGCAACCGAGAACUGCCGGACACGCGCAAUGCGAUGUGUCGUCGUUCGACCUGGACGGAGCCGGCUAGCAUCGCCCAUCUGCCUGCUACCAGUGUGAUCAUCACGUUUCAUAACGAGGCCCGCAGCACACUGCUGCGGACGGUGGUAAGCGUGCUAAACCGCUCGCCGGAACGAUUGAUCCACGAGAUUAUCCUGGUGGAUGACUACUCCGACUUUCCGGAGGAUGGGCAAGAGUUGGCCAAAAUUCAGAAGGUGCGGCUGAUAAGGAAUAGCAAACGUGAGGGGUUGGUACGAUCACGGGUAACGGGUGCUGCAGCCGCCACGGCAAAGGUACUUACAUUCCUUGACAGUCACUGCGAGUGUAACGUGAACUGGCUCGAACCGUUGCUGGCCCGGGUAGCCGAGGAUCCAACACGCGUCGUGUGUCCAGUGAUUGACGUGAUCAGCAUGGAUACUUUCCAGUACAUAGGUGCGUCGGCGGAUCUUCGCGGAGGGUUCGACUGGAACCUGGUGUUUAAGUGGGAAUAUCUGAGCAAUGCCGAACGAAAGGCGCGGCAGCGCGAUCCCACGGCCCCCAUCCGAACGCCCAUGAUUGCGGGAGGCCUGUUCGUGAUUGAUAAAGCGUACUUCGAGCGGCUCGGCACCUACGAUACGCAGAUGGACAUCUGGGGCGGAGAAAAUCUCGAAAUCAGUUUCCGAGUGUGGCAGUGUGGCGGAUCGCUGGAAAUAAUCCCCUGCAGCCGGGUCGGGCACGUGUUCCGCAAGCGCCAUCCGUACACGUUCCCCGGCGGUGGGAGUGGAAAUAUUUUCGCCAAAAACACGCGCCGCGCCGCCGAAGUGUGGAUGGAUGAGUACAAGAAGUAUUACUAUGCGGCCGUCCCGUUGGCUACGAACAUUCCUUUCGGUGACAUCGACGAUCGGUUGCAGCUGCGCCGGGAGCUGCAGUGCAAACCGUUCCGGUGGUAUCUGGAGCACGUUUAUCCACAGCUGGGCAUACCGGAGCGACGGAACAACGGUAGCCUAAGGCAGGGUGUAUACUGUCUGGACAGUUUGGGCAACGUGGCCGGUGCGGUCGUGGGGCUGUACACGUGUCACGGAAAUGGCGGUAACCAGAACUGGGUGCUCAAUAGGAAGGGGGAGCUAAAGCAUCAUGAUCUCUGCCUGACGCUGGUUAAAUUUACGAUCAGCGCACGGUACAACAGCGUGCUGAUGAAGUACUGUGACGAUUCGGAGAACCAGCAGUGGCACCUGAAGGAUGGCGGGCUGAUACAGCACCGCAAGAUCAACGUUUGUCUCGAUUCGCGGCACAUGAAGGAACGGGGCAUCACGGCCGAACGGUGCAAUUCCGCGCUCGAGUCGCAACACUGGAAGGUUGUGACGGAGGCACAGUAAGCUUUAGCUUGGCCGGUGGGUAAGGUUUGCUUACACGCGGAACCCGACUUGUUGUGGUUUGCCGACGCUGAUAGUCAGUGAAGAUGUGUUCCGUGUUCUUUGUUGUUAUAUACAUACAUUCUAUUCAACAACUCCUGAUAUGCAGAUAUUAGAUAGUACGAAAGCGCGUAGCAUUGUGACACUAUAUAGAGUUUAAGGCGUAUCGGCGAGCCGUGAAUCGAUCCAACUUUUGCAUCAACGUAGAUUCACGCAAUUGCAAAGCACACCCACACACCCACACAGACAACCUUCCUUCCCUUACACCCACACACAUACACCAAUACAAAUAAUGUAAGUUAAGAAGAAAGCAAACGAUAUUCUCGCUGUAACGACGCAAAUGCAACCUUUUUAUUGUAUUUCCAGAUAGUUUUUUGUUACAAAACAAGGAUAAAAGUAAAGAGCAUUCAGGAAUAGUUUUGUCCUGUAUGGAACACGUUAA